AUGUCAGAGGCACCCGCUGAGGGAACCGUGCUCAGCAGAGCGUCCUCUGACAGCGGGCUGGCUUCCCUCUCUCCUUCCCAGUUCCUGAGGCGACAGCAGGUUCUUCACUUGUACAGGAAGAUCCUGCGGGCGAUUCGCGAUGUCCCUGCUGAAGCAGAUCGCCACUAUUUAAAGGACUGGGCCAGGGAGGAGUUCAGGAGGAAUAAAGAUGCGACAGAAGAGGAUGCAAUCAGGAUGAUGAUUACUCAAGGCAACAUGCAACUUCAGGAACUUCAAAGAACACUUAAGCUGGCAAAAUCCUGAUCUUAAUUUUGUUGACAGCUGGACUUUCAUCUGCUGCAAACAAGCAUAGUAUUUCUUGCAGAAUGUGGUUACAAUAGUAGCCUUUGCGGACAGCCUGGUAAUGUUUGAAGAUGGACUCUACUGCAGUGGGGUUUUUGUUUGGUUGGUUUUUUUUUUUUUCCCCUUCCUCUUCUCAGUUUGGUUACCCUCCCCUGUGGAAAUCACUUAGACACAAAGGACUUUAAAGAACUGAAUGGAUGUAGCAUGUGCUGUGGGAAAAGCAGAAAGCACCAACAAUUACAACAGCAGUGUUAUACCAGGGAAAUGGAAAAUAAACAUAAGCCAGAUUAUUUUGUCUGUUUUCUAUUGUGGCAAGUCUAAGUGGUAACAUUCAUAGUGGUAACAGCUCUUUCUAUACUGUGUGAAGGAUUUUUACCAAAAUUGGGCAUUAAAAAAGCAUUUGGGAUAAAUAAGUGGGCCCAAAACAAAUAAACAUGAUAAAAUAUAAAGAAAAUGUUUUAUAUGUAGGUGUUGAUUUUCAGUUAUAGCUGAAGAAAACUUAAAAGGGGAGAUCUUUAUAUAUGAAAAUGAGAGAUUUAACCCCAGAAACAGUUAUUACCAAGUUAACAGGAGGUACCCUUUACUUAGUAUUUAAAAGUCAAUAUAAAGUAGAAUUACAAAUAGAAAAUACUAACUGCAAAUAUCGUGGUCUGUUUUUUGAAAUGUUGUAUUACUCCACGUCUUAUUGUUAGCUUGCAGCUGUUCUUACCUUCCUGUGAAUUGCAGUAUAUCUUUUUUUUUUUCAUAUAAUUUAAAAAUGUCAGGAUGAGUCUGGGAUUUUCUCAACAUCAGUAGCCAGACAACAGUAGAUAGAUACCUGACUAUCUACGUAUCUAUGAGGUGAGGUUGUGGUUUCAAGAGAUGCAGGAACCCUUCUGUCUCCCACCCUGCUAUUACAGUUCAUUUCAGGAGCCACCUGCCCUUGCCAAGAUGUCUUUCAGCCAAGUUAGUGAGCUGGACUGCCCCACAGCAAGUCCAGUCAGUGCCACCGCACAGGACAGGACAGUGUUCCCCCUCCAGGCUACAGGAGGGAAGAAACACCCCACUCAGGAGCAGGAGCCAGCAUUUUGAUUUCUGUUCCUUAAUUAUGAGACUUUACCCUGCCACCUCAUCACAGUGCUUUCCAUUCAGAGCCCUGAGUCUACAUUACUACUUCGACUCCAUGUUUCUAGGUUGUGGCCACAUAAUCCAGCACUAGGUCAUGCCAGGCAGUGCCCUGGACAGCUGUUGACUUCAUGAGUGCUGCUGCCUGUGAUCUCCACUGCUUUGUGGGCUUGUCAAGAUAAAAUUGCCUGCCAGAAGCCUUUGGGAGUCCAAGUACAGUCUGUUACGGUAAGUAAAUUUACUCCAAGUGUGUCCUGCAGAGAAGGGUAGAUAAUAUAGGUAUUUUGUAAAGAAGUCCUUCAACUCCAGUAGUUUUGAAGGAGGGAAGACUACAGAGGGGAGUAGAAAGGAAUUAGCAGAAAGUACCUCCCUUUAUUUUACAGUACACUUGUUGGCUUCAGAAAACCUCUAAAAUCAGUACUCUGCAGCCAAGUUACUGUGUUAAAUUGCUGCUCCAGUGGCUACUGUGGUAGUGUAGUUUGUAUGAUGUGAAGCAGAUUAGCUAAAGCCAUAGCCGUUCCAUUUCCUGUGCACUCGUGCAAGCUCAGGAGCAUGUGGGUAAUCAGCUGUACGACUCAGCCCUGUGCCAGUAAUUUCUGAAAUGGUGGGUGUGUGCAUCAGCUAACAAAUGGCAGUCGGUCCCUGCAGCCUGCCUUGGGACAGCCGGUAGACCCAGCUUCCAUGUUUUAUAGCCACAAACACAAAAGCUUAGAAGUUGGAAGUUCAAUUUUCUGCUCCCCCUUCUGAGUCAAGUGAGGAGGUUGCGUCCAUUUUCUCUGGCUAGAAAACAUUACACCACAGACUUCUGAGCAACACUUACUUUAAUUGCUUGGCAAAACAGUCACUAUCAAGAUGAUACAAAACUUAAAUAGCAUGCUUCUGCAUUCCUACAGUAGCUUAAACAAAACUGUAAACAUAUGAAAGUGUCUGUAUUAGACUAUAGAAGUCGGAGCAAUAAAACUAGUAUUUCCGUAACUGCAGAUACACUUUUCUUGUCUUGAUAGUGCAUUAAUAGGAACUUUAAAAAUAUUGUUAUAUAAUACAAUUCUCUUUGCUUUAUACAUCUGCUAAGAAGACAAAAGCUUAAUUACUAGUUAGUCAAUGGUGUCUUCAAUACUGUAAAGUAUUUUGUAUUGAUUUUAGGGCUCCUCAGUACAGAAAAAAAAUCUCUUUCUCCUUGGCAUAACAGUACUAUCCCGUGUUUGAAUUGGUUUUGAACAAUUGUUCGCUCAUGAUGUGUUAAGUAAACUUACUUUUCUAACAGAAUCUGAUGGCGCCUUCUCAGAGGUAUAGGGAGGAAACCCUAAAGGGGUGCAGACGCAAUGAGUUACAGUGCCUCUGGUGUAUUCAGCAUCUGUCAGCCUGCACAACAUUGGUCAUUGUAAGUUUUUAUUUUACAACAAAACACAUCUAUAAAAACUUUAACAUGUUGUUGAGUUCUAUUUUGUCGGACUGUUUAUGAAACCAGUCCUAAGACCUGCAGACUCACCAGGGCCCAGCCUCUCCUUUUAGAGAUACAAGGGGGAAAACAGAGAGAGGAAUCAUUCAGAGGAACAAAGGAAGACGGUCUGGACAAGGUGUCCGGGAGAAAAUCCUGACUCUGCAGAAAAAGCAACAUUUGAGUACAGGGAACCAAGCUUUCCCUUCUUUAGAUAAAGGACUUUUUCAAGCUUCAGUAGUAGAGAAUUCAGCCAUUUGCUGCUUGAAGGAAAAGAGAUAUAAAAAUUAUACCUAAGAAGUAGAGCACAGUUAUGGUAAAAUAUUUGCCAUCCAUGCCCUCAACAAAUCUUCUCAGUCACAUUACCGGAGUACGGCCCCAACAACUGUGUAACCACAAGGAGCUUUGCAACCAGGACACCAUAAAA